UAUAAUAAUGGAAAUUGAUAAAGUGAAUAUAUGGUUAGAUUGUGACGUAGGAAAUGAUGAUGCAAUGGCCAUUAUUUUGGGUUUGUUUGAUCCAAAGUCUAAUUUGUUAGGAAUCUCAAGUUGUUUUGGAAAUACAAGGUAUUUGAAGUACAUAACGAUGUAGUCUCGAAAAUUGUACAAACAAUACACUAAGAAUUCUAAGUUCUGUAGGUAGAUCUGAUAUACCAGUAUUCAAGGGAGCUGAAUCUUCAUUAAAAUCUGUUCGAGUGACUACAACGGCACAUGGGAAAUAAGGUAUUGAUUUAAUUAAAAUAAUAGGUUUAUUUGAAGCCGAUAGAUUGAUCAAAACUUUCGAACCUGUACAAAAUAUCUCUUUAUAUGAUUUAAUGAAAAAGACUGCGGGAGAUAGAAAGGUAUUAAAAUGAAUAAAAUUUAAGUUCGUAAUUGUAAUAACUGGUCCUCAAACAAAUAUAGCAAUAUUGUUGAGAGAUCAUCCAGACAUAAUUCCUUAAAUUUAAGAGAUUAUUUUUAUGGGUGGAACAUCAGGAUUUGGUAAUGCUACACCAAAUGCAGAAUAUAAUAUAUAUUCAGAUCCAGAAGCAGCAUAAUAUGUAAUUGACACUUGUAAAAAGCAUAAACUAAAGCUAGUGAUGAUAGCGUUAGAUUUAACUUAUGUACUAUCAUAAAAUAAUUAUUAUAUAGACUUGUUUAGUAGUAGAAGAAUAAUAAAAACGAAUAAAGGAGAUCAAUACAAAAUUUACCGAUUGGUGUUUAGAAAUGUUAAAAGAAUUCUAGGAAGCCUAUAAAGCUGAAGAAUUUGAUUAUCCUCCACUUCAUGAUCGUAUUUAUUCAAAUAAUUUAUGUAGCUGUUGCUUUAUUUUAUGCACUUCAUCCUGAACUUUAUGUUACAAAAUCUAUAUUUGUUACUGUAGAAUGUGAAUCUAAACUAUGUUAUGGUAGAACUGUUGUUGACAAACAUGGAAUUCUUGAAUUAGAACCUACUUUAGAAUUCUGUAGAAGUGUAAAUGUUGAAGAAUUUUGGAAUCAUAUGAUCGAGGCAGUAAAAUAAGCAGCAAAAAACUCAAAGAUUGAGUGA